AUGGAGAGGUCUCUGGAAUUGGCCAAUAUGUCCAGAACCCAGGAGUUUAUCCUACUGGGCUUGUCCGCCAGGCAAGGCAUAAGGAUUGGCCUAUUUGCCAUCUUCCUGACCCUCUACCUGCUGUCCCUCCUGGAGAACACGCUCAUCAUCUACCUUGUCUGCAGUCACAGCGAGCUCCACAAGCCCAUGUACUUCUUCCUGGGCAACCUCAGCUGCCUAGAGAUGUGUUACAUGUCUGUGACCAUACCCAGCCUGCUCUUGGGGCUGAGGUCCAGUCCAUGCCAUGUGUCUUUCACUGCCUGCAUAAUUCAGCUUUUUUUAUUCAUAGCUCUCAUUAGUACCAAGUGCACCCUCCUGGCCUCCAUGGCCUAUGACCGCUACGUGGCCAUCUGCCGCCCACUCCACUACCCACUGCUCAUGAGGCCCCAGGUCUGCCUGGGUUUGGCCAUGACUUCAUGGCUUGGGGGGCUGCUGGUCUCGGUGAUCAAAACAGCAUGCAUCGCCAGCCUGUCCUACUGUGGCCCCAAAGUCCUCAACCACUUCUUCUGUGACAUCUCCCCUCUGCUCAACCUGUCCUGCACUCACAUGGCCCUGACCGAGCUGGUGGACUUCAUCUCUGCCAUCAUCAUCUUCUGUGGGUCAUUACUCGUUGCUCUGGCCUCCUAUGUGGCCAUCGGGAGAACUGUGCUUCACAUGCCAUCAGCUGCCACCCGCCACAAAGCCCUCUCCACCUGCACCUCCCACCUGGUGGUGGUGGGCAUCUUCUACGCAGUGGUCCUCUUCAUGUAUUCCCGCCCCAGCCACAUCAACUCCACAGACCUCAACAAAGUGCUGUCAGUCAUCUACACGGUGGUCACCCCCAUGUGCAGUCCCAUCAUCUACUGCCUACGGAACAGGGAGGUCCACACGGUGCUGCAGAAAACUUUCCACUCACGCUGGGUCUCUUCAACGAGAACCGACCUUGCCCACUCCUGA